CAUGGACGACCAAAGUGUUUCCUUUUGCAGAAUAUGUAGUAGAAUUAUCGAUGUACAAAGGCGACGCUUGAUAUUUUCACCGGCUUUUUUAGUAGUCAGUGAAUUACAGGAAGUUCUUGGCUACCAUCCUGUCGUCGGUGACGGAUUAUCAUCUUACAUUUGCAGGAUUUGCUUUGCAAGACUGACAAAAAUCCAAACCGUGACAAAAUUAAUUGCUACGAAAUUAGAUUCUCUGAAGGAGGAGAGAAGAAAUUUAAUUUCUGAACUUAAGUCAAAAAUUUCUCAAAAUAAACAAUCAUCAGGGGCAGUAGUACUUCCAGUACAGCAGGAGAUCCAGCCAACCCAAUUAGCUGUAACAAAAAAGGCAGUAGUACCGAUCGCGAUACAGCAGGAAAUCCAACCAACCCAAACAGCUGUAACAACAAAGGCAGUAGUACCGAUUGCAAUACGGCAGGAAAUCCGGCCAACCCAAUUAGCUAUAACAACAAAGGCAGUAGUACCAAUUGCGAUACAACAGGAAAUCCAGCCAACCAAAUCAACCUUAACGCCAAAGGCAGGCUCAGAGCGCCCUUUAUUAAUCAAGAGUCCAACAUACCAGAGCACAGGUGGGUUUGUAGACUCAUUACUUACUCCAAAAAUAGUUAAAACGACAAAAGUUACUGUGUCUUUAUUGAAAGAAAGCAAGGAAACUAAUGAUGUUAAAACCUUUCAUCAAUGUGUUGUAUGUGAUGAGAUUUUUCAACAAUAUUACGAUUUAGAAACACACAAUAAAAUGCAUAUUAAAGAAGAGAAAACUGAUGAUGUAGAUCAAUAUUAUCAUGUUAAGGAAGUGAAAACCAAAGAUAUAGAACCAGUUCAUCAGUGUAAUUUAUGUGAUGAAAGAUUUGAAUCUGAGACUGAUUUAGAAAAACACAGUAAAAUUCAUGUUGAAGUCAAGGAAGCCAUGGAAACUAAUUAUGUUAUAACAUUUCAUCAGUGUAAUUUAUGUGAUGAGAAAUUUGAAUCGGAGACUGAUUUAGCGAAACACUGUAAAAUACACGAAGAAAGCAUGGAGGAAAAUAGUUCACAAUUUAUAGAUGCUUAUAAGAUUCAAAGCAAGAUGUGUUUUAAAAGAACUUUAAAAUGUGAUGUUUGUGGUAAAUCAUUUACUCAGACUGUUGGUCUGAAGAGACACAUGAGAAUUCACACCGGUGAAAAACCCUAUAAAUGUGAUGUUUGUGGUAGAUCAUUUAGCCACAAGAUUAAUUUAAAUCAACAUUUAAAAACCCACACGGGAGAGAAGCCUUUUAAAUGUGAUUUUUGUGGCCAAUCGUUUCGCCGAAUUGGAACGUUACAGCAACACUUGAGAAUUCGAACAGGAGGAAAACCUUCUAAAUGUGAUGUUUGUGAUAAAUCGUUUAUUCGGAAAACCUGCUUUAUUGCCCACAGGAACUUUCAUAGUGGAGGACCAUUAAAGGAUUUUAAAUGUGAUGUUUGUGAUAUAUCAUUUACCCUUAAAUCUAAUCAACAGAGACACAUGAAACUUCACACUAAAAUAUGAGGUUCAAAUUCAUGCGGGGGGUUGGAUGGCCGAAAGGUUAGCACGAGCGCGUUGUAUCAUACGGUCUGUCAUUGAGUCAACUGGCGGGGUUUCGAUUCCUCGGUUGUACGUGGCAAGGAGUAGGGUCGCCUGUCCAACCUCGUGGGUUUUCUCCAGGUCUUCCGGUUUCCUCCCACUGCUAAAGACCCCUAUGCUAGCGAAUUAUUGAAAUAAAAUUAAACCAUAUGUUAGUCCUGAAAUGACCUAGUUUGUGUCGAGUGGACAUUAAACCUCAUUUCUCUCUCUCUCUCAAAUUCAUGCCAAUGGUAAUUGUAAUGUUUUCCCAGAGUCAACAUUUACAGCAACAUGUUAGAAAUAAUUGUUAAAGAGACAAAUGUUAUGUUUGUAGUGGUUCAUUUUCAGAGUCUCCAUUUACAGCAACAUGUGAUGCUUGUGGUAGAUCGUUUUCCAAGAGUCAACAUUUACAGCAACAUGUUGGAACUCAUUGUUAAAAAGACAAAUGUGAUGUUUCUGAGAGUCACCAUUUACAGCAACAUGAUAAAACUUAUUGUUAAAGAGAGAGAAACUUAAAACAAACAUAUGGUACACUUUUAUUUAGUUUUUUCGUUGUGGGGUGUGUGGAUUGCCGAAUGGUUAGCACGUGCACGCUGUAUCAUAAGGUCUGUCAUUGAGUCAACUGGUGGGGUUUUGAUUCCCCCGUUGUAGGUGACAAGGUGUAGGGUCGCCUGUCCAACCACGAGGGUUUUCUCCGGGUCCUCCAGUUUCUUCCCACUGAUAAAGACCCCUAUGCGAAAGCGAAUUAUUGAAAUAAAAUUGAACCAUGUGUUAGAUCCGAAAUGACCUAGUUUGUGUCGAGUGGACGUUAAACCCCAUUUCUCUCUCUCUUCCCUCUUAUUUCGUUCUACCUAGAGGUCCUCACCAGUGGGAGAAAUUUUAAGGACUGGAGAAACCCCACAAGGUUGUCACAUACAAAGCCACACCUCUUGACUUAAUGACAGAUCUUAUGAUCUAAAGUGCAUGCAACCCCCUACCCCCUGUG